AUGUUUCGUCCCACCACCGCCAUCGCUGACAGCUUCAAAGAACACUACCACCGCGUGCACCUUCCGAGGCGCUUGGCAUUGCAGCGUUACGCACGACAACAGAGCCUCCGAAAUGCUGCAAAGGGGAAUGUAAAAGCGGAAGAGGUACCUUACAAGUACAACCGCUGGUGGGUUAAUGAGGAGCACGAGUUUGUACACCAGUACGCGUUCGUAGAGGACCCUGAGGUGACGAAGGCAAAACGGGAGACGCUGCCCCCUGUGACAAGGGAGAACAUCUGGAAGGAACCACAGCAAACUUUCUUCUUGCCAUUCGCGCCGUAUGUCCGUGUAGUUGACUACCCGAAAGAUCCCGAUGCAAAGUUCUUAAAGCCAGUUAACAUUCCCCGCUGGAAGGAUUAUAUGCAAAGGACCAAACCAGUGAUACCGCGGACGUGGUACUAG